CUUUUGUUUUUUCAUAUUGUCUCUUGGCAUAUGUAUUGGGCUGACUAGAUGAGUGAUUCUAGUGCAGGCCUCCAUCUGAGCACUGUGCUGUCGUUGCCGUAUGCAGCCUCAGUGUUUCUUUAUGGGAGGAGCGGUGCGACUUCCCCACUUCUGCCCCCACUAUGUACUUUUUUACAUCCCUGCUUACGUUUGGCUGGCAUAGCCUAAUUUCCGCAUUCCCAAAUCCUCCCAGAUUGGGAUCACGUUUUAAAUCGGUCUGAUGCAACGAUUUCCACUUUUUAAAAUCUACUCUCGACCCUCGGCUGACCAGAAGAAAGGACAUUUGUUGCACCUGGGAUCAAAGUCAGCUGUGGUCACGGCCGAGUCUGACGCGAUGCCAGGACAAAUCCCAGAUCCCUCUGUGACAGCAGGCUCCCUGCCCAGCCUGGGCCCACUGGCUGGGAUCUCAGCCACCACACUGACUGACAAGCUCAAAUUUGGGGACUUCCAGGAGUUCGGUACAAUGCUGUCACCUCUGCACUUCCUGGACAGUCUGGGGAAGAGGCCCCUAGUGAUCAAAGCAGAGAGAGACGAAGAGGACGACAGGAGGAAACGAAGGCGAGAGAAAAACAAAGUGGCUGCAGCUCGAUGUCGAAACAAAAAGAAAGAGAGAACAGAUUAUCUACAAAAGGAAUCAGAUAGACUAGAGAUGUUAAACUCUGACCUCAAAGCCCAGAUUGAAGAGCUGAAGCUGGAACGACAGCAACUGAUCCUCAUGCUUAACCGACACCGCCCCACCUGUAUUGUCAGGACGGACAGCAUCAAAACCCCGGAGAGCGAGGCCAACCCCCUGCUGCAGCAACUGGAGGCCAAGUGAAGGUGUGACCACUUUCCACAGUUUACAGUUGAGAAGAAACAGCCAACUAGCAGCACUUAGCAUUGGGCCUCAGCCACAGAUGAGAUCCAGCCGAGUCCUCCCACCUUAUCUCACGGACGCCAUAAACUGUGGAUGUGAUUACAUCGGACACUGUUUUGGCGGUUAAAUCAGACUUCUUCUUGUUUGUCUUUCUUUCCCAUUUAUUUGUAGUUGUGGUCAUCAGACUCCAGCCACUAUCAGUAUGAAGUUAAACAAAAAACACAACACAUCUAUUGGCACAUAACUUUACAUCAAGUUUGUUGUUUUAUAUUGGACUUGUACUAUAUUCCUCCUUAGCUUUAGCCAUCGCUUUUAUCCGCUAUCAAAAACAUCCGUUUAAUAUCAGUUCAGUCAUUUCAGGCAUUAGUUUUACAAGUGAACCUUUAUUUGCUGAUUACUUCUGAUCUUAUUAGACACAUUUAGUUGGAUUUGCUUACGCAAUAAAAAAAGUCAAUUCUUUAUUUUUCUUAAGUAAGUACGUGUCACUUGCAGACAGUCAGAAGCCUUCUUACUAUAAUAACCUCCUGAGUCAUGAUCAUUUUUGUUUUUCAUACAUUUGGUGGCCGAGCGGUUGGUCCUCUUUCUUAUUCCUAUGUUUUGGCGCAGGCGUCAUGUAUGCACAUGCAUAUGCAUUGUACUUUAUUUUCUGUUACCAUAUUGUUACUACAAAUGUUUUUUUUUAUACUUUUGAAUAUUAUGUUAUAUAAGAAUAUAAGCUAUCACAAAAUCUCAUUUGUAUUUCCUUAAGAAAUAAAUGUUUAGUUUGUUUUCUUACUGGAAUUUUGUAUUGUAAUCGUAUUAUAUUUUGGGUCAAAUUUUGAGGACCAAACUUUCUGGUAAAUGGUGCUAUCUGGUGGCCAGUAGCAGUACAUCCUGAUCAACCCUGUAUGUCUCCAGUUUGAAUUGGUUUCCACACAUGUGUUAUAGUUUUAUGCAGGAAAUUCUAAACUAUUUAAACUUGAUUUACUAUUCAAACCUUUUGUACCUCUCCAGCAUCCCUCUGGCUAAUUGUUAUGUGUGAGGUUUCCAGGAUCCCGAGGUAUCCUGCAGAGGGACAGCUUUGUUCUAGCUGUGGGUAAUUCCACACAUAUUAUAACAGUG